AUGGCGGACAAAAAGGAGAAGGAGCCAGAGCCCGAGCCCAGCGAGGCGCCUCCAUCCUACGAAGCACUCUCUGUGCCCCCUCCUCAAUCACAACCACAAGCAGCCUCACAGCAACCUGGUGGCCCUGGGAGGAGGCUUCGAGCCCCUCCUCCUCUAGACAUUCCCGCCCUGCGCAUCCUCCGCGGACGUCGAGUCAUCCUCGCCUCCCAGUCCCCUCGUCGCAGAGCCCUCCUCGCCCAGGUCGGCCUGACCCAAGUAGAGACGAUACCGUCCAACUUUGCCGAGAACCUCCCCCACACCCUGUCGCCGUGGGAAUACGUGUCGGCGACGGCGACCCAGAAGGCGCUCUCGGUCUACCGUACGUCGAUCCAGGACGAAUCCAAACCGGAGCCGGCGCUGAUUAUUGCGGCCGACACCAUCGUCGUCUCUGCGGCGGGCGAGAUCCUGGAGAAGCCCCGCUCCGAAGCACACCACAUCAAGAUGCUCCGGGGCCUUCGCGACACGGGAACCCACCGCGUCUACACUGCGGUCACGCUGAUCGCGCCGUUGGCCAGUGCAAGGGACCCCGGUUACGCUCUCGAGACAGGGACCGAGGAGACGGUGGUCAAGUUUGACUCGGACAUCUCGGACGAGCUGUUGCUCGCGUACGUGCGCACGAGGGAGGGUGCCGACAAGGCCGGCGGGUACGGAAUCCAGGGCACAGGCGCGAUUCUCGUGGAGAGAAUAGAAGGGAGUUUCGACAAUGUUGUAGGCUUGCCGCUGCGGUUGACGUUGAAGCUCAUGGAAACGGUCAUGAUGAAGGCCGACGAUGACGAUCAUUUGGGCGACGAGGACUUGUUGGCUGAUGAAGACUAG